GAAGGGCGCGCCCCCGUGGAAUUUAGAACGUUGCCGCAACCAAUGGGGCCUCGCGGCCGGCUGCCGGGGCUCCUCAUUGGAGGAGUGAGCGGCAAGCGAGUAGAGGGCCCCUGGGGGGAGCCGGGAGGUGCAGGUCGGAGAGGCCGGGUGCGCCGUGCCCUGCGCGUGAGCGGCGGCGGCAGGAUCCAGCGGCCGUGCCAGCGCUUCCAGCACGUUGCUUUACUUUUUAGCUGCACGAACGUGGUCAUUAUGCCGAAGAGAAAGUCUCCGGAGAGUACAGAGGGCAAGGAUGGAUCCAAAGUAACUAAACAGGAGCCCACCAGACGGUCCGCCAGGUUGUCAGCGAAACCCGCACUACCAAAGCCUGAACCUAAACCAAGAAAAACGUCUGCUAAGAAAGAACCUGGGACAAAGAUUAACAAAGGUGCUAAAGGGAAGAAGGAGGAAAAGCAGGAAGCUGGAAAGGAAGGUACUGCACCAUCUGAAAAUGGUGAAACCAAAGCUGAAGAGAUCCACAUCUCUCGCUCAACCGUUAAUGUCUCAGCCUCCAGAGGUACCCCACCCAGCACACUGUCAGUAAAGGGGCAGAUUGAAACAGUGAGAGUUCAGGGCACAGAAAACUGAAUCUGUAGAUAACGAGGGAGAAUGAAUUGUCGUGAAAAAUUGGGGUUGAUCUUGUGUACCUCUUGGGACAACUUUUAAAAGCUAUUUUUACCAAGUAUUUUGUACAUGCUAAUUUUUUAGGACUCUACUAGUUGGCAUACAAAAAUAUAUAAGGAUGGACAUUUUACUUUCUCAUAGUCAUGCUUUUUGGAAAUUUCCAUCAUCCUCAAGGAAAAUAAAUACAGAUUUAAUGUUGGAAGCUGUGUGUAAAACUGAUUGAGCAUUCCAUGCACUUGGUUUAAGAAUUUAGUCCUGUGCAUACUGUGGUGUUUUUACGGUGCAUAUUUGAAUUUUUCACGCAGUUUUUCUAGAGCAAUAAUUAGUGGUGCUUUUGUACCUAGGUUAGGUUUUAUGUGGUUUUAAUGAAACAUGGAUAGUUGUGGCCACCUGCUGACUAUUUGUGGUUUAAAAUAAAAGGUUUUCUUGCCUGCAAAA